AUGUCCCCCGAUGGACCGCAGGGAGGUCCUCACGAUCUCAGCCACCUCCUGGCACCAGCACUAGCCGUCCUCUGCUGUCUGCCUCUCCUGCUAUACCUGCGCCCACAGCAAAUUCCACCCCGCGGCUGUCAUCGCAUCGGCUUCGGAAAAGGGCAAAGCAAUCUGCACGAUGAAUUCGACCCAAAAUACAGCAAGGGCGUCCCACGAAUCCAACGAGACGGCGGAGAGCCCUCCUGGCGCGUAAAAGCGCUCUUCACAUACCCGAUCAAAUCAUGCGGGGGCAUCGAACUGCAAGAAGCCGACGUCGUGCCGACAGGUCUCAAAUUCGACCGGCAGUUCGUCUUUGCUGAAAAAGACGCCGACGGAUUUACCAUUCGGACGCUGCGAAAUGCAGGGUUUCAACGACUAGCCCUCAUUCAUCCGGAGAUCUGGAUUCCGGACCCUUCGACGCCGGACUAUAAUCCCUCGCUCCCCGAGGUGAAGUCGCGGGGCGUGAUGAUUAUUUCAUACCCGCGCUUCACGCCGCAGGGGUUGGUCGGCCUAUUCAUUUGGAUUGGAAUGGCAGUCGGCAUCGUCUCUGCACGAGAGAUAUUCCACAUCCCACUCCAUCCUCCCGAGAGCGCAGGUGCAUCGGCCUACCCUCUCAUCCCAGUCAAAAUCUGGAAAGACAAACCACUAGCGCACGACUACGGCAAACACAUUCCAGCCUCACUACAUAAAUACCUGGGCUUCGACCCAAAAACCUCACCCGUAACACUCUUCCGCGCCAGCGACUCGCACGUCCGUGAAAUCUUUCGCAACGCACCUAGAAAGGAAGAAAUCGGCUUCCAACCCCACACGUCCUUCGCAGACGCCUAUCCCAUCCACCUCCUAAAUCUAGCCAGCCACCGGGACGUAGCAUCCCGCUGCGCCUACGCAAUCCCCAAACUAAGCAUCACGCGCUUCCGCGCCAACAUCAUCAUCCAGGGCCCGGAGGCGUUCGCUGAAGAUCACUGGAAGCGAAUUGAUAUCGCGGGCGUGGAGAUCUAUGCUGCUUGUCGGACUGUUCGGUGUCGGUUGCCGAAUGUGGACCCUGCGACUGGCGAGCGGCAUAAGGCGGAGCCGGAUCGGACGUUGAAGGCUUCUCGGCGGAUUGAUGAUGGGGAUCGGACCAAUGCUUGUCUUGGGAUGCAGCUCGUUCCUGCACUGAAGGAGUUUGUGCUGAGGGUUGGGGAUGAGGUGGGGGUUUUGGAGACGGGGGAGCAUCGGUAUAUUAAAAUGUUGGCGCCUGGGGAGAAGGUUGAGGGGGUUUGA